CGCAGAAGCGCCUCCCGGGCUUUUAACUUCGGGUAUCAAGAGUUUCUUUCCGGAGCAAGGACCCCUAAGACGGAAGAGGAUGGCCGCGGCGGCUCUGAGGAGAUUUUGGUCCCGGCGCCGCGCAGAGGCGGGCGACGCUGCAGCGGCGAAGCCGGGAGUGUGGGCGCGGCUGGGGUCCUGGGCCCGCGCGCUGCUCCGGGACUACGCCGAGGCCUGCAGGGACGCGGCGGCGGAGGCUAGUGCCCGGCCGGGGCGCGCGGCCGUGUAUGUGGGGCUGCUGGGCGGCGCGGCGGCCUGCUUCACGCUGGCGCCUAGCGAGGGUGCUUUCGAGGAGGCGCUGCUGGAGGCGUCGGGGACCCUCCUGCUGCUGGCGCCGGCCACCCGCAACCGCGAGUCCGAAGCCUUCGUGCAGCGGCUGCUCUGGCUGCGGGGCCGUGGCCGCCUGCGCCACGUCAACCUAGGGCUCUGCUCCCUGGUGUACGAGGCGCCCUUCGACGCCCAGGCCAGCCUCUACCAGGCGCGCUGCCGCUACCUGCAGCCCCGCUGGACCGAUUUCCCCGGCCGGGUCCUGGACGUGGGCUUCGUGGGUCGCUGGUGGGUGCUGGGGGCCCGGAUGCGCGACUGCGACAUCAACGACGACGAAUUCCUGCACCUGCCGGCGCAUUUGCGGGUGGUCGGGCCCCAGCAGCUGCAUUCCGAGACCAACGAGCGGCUCUUCGAUGAGAAGUACAAGCCUGUCGUGCUCACCGACGAUCAGGUGGACCAGGCGCUGUGGGAGGAGCAGGUCUUGCAGAAGGAAAAAAAGGACAGGCUCGCCCUGAGCCAGGCCCACUCGCUGGUGCAGGCGGAGGCCCCGAGAUGAAACCCGGAGGCCCCCGAGUCCUGGCAAACUGCUUGCCUGGGGUAGUGCAGCUGUGAGUGUGCCUCACCUGCAGAACAACUGAGACAGAUGAUGUGCAAAGUGUUUUCUCACUGGUUUUGCGCAAGUUUGGGGAGCCUUUCUGCCCCCCGUCUUUGUUCUUUAUUAGCUGAAGCUAAUUCCGAGCCACCUUGGUCCAGGAGUUGGGACAGCAGAACGACUUGACACAUGUUCAUCACUGGCAGAGCUGGUCAUGAGCCUUUUAUAUAAGCCUUUUUCAUUGGGCCUCAGAGGCCCUCCUUAAGGAG